ACGGCGUAGACUCGUCCUCUUCAGUGGCACCAUGUAUCUCCUGCUGGUUCCUCUGCUGCUGGUUCCGGUCCAAAUGCUCAAUCUUCCAGGGAAGGAAAGGCCAACGGCACUGGGAUUCACGGAGGUGCUAAUCAAGAGCCUUUGUCGACCGAUUGAGCAGUAUGUGGACGUGGAGAAGGAGUUCCCUAAAGAAUUUGAGGGUUUCUACAUACCUCGCUGCGUCUCACUGUUUCGCUGCUCCAGCUGCUGCCUCGAUGAGUCUCGGGAGUGCUCUCCUGUCGUUGAACGCAACAUAACCUUGGAGGUGAGUUGGUUGCAUCAGGUCAUCAACCUCACGUUUGUGGAGCAUCUGGAGUGUGGAGUGAGGCCGAAACAGUAUCAAAAUAAUACAAGCAACGAGGACUCUCUCAGGGACAGACCUCAACGGAGGAAGAACAGAAGGAGAAGAUGUGAAAAGUGCUAGUUCUCUCACUAGAAGAUACGUCUUCAUUGACGGAAACGUCUUAUGGGAUCAAUAUUUCCGUCCUCUGUACAUAGAUAACUUCCUGCAUUCGUCCCACCAGAGGCCAGUUGUUCGUCUGCAAGCUGCUCUUCAUUAUUUAUCAAAGAAAAAGGAUCAGCCUUUGAUCCUGGCUGCUGCUUGUUUUGGACCAAAGUCGACUCAGUCUUUCAUAUUCUCAUGUGAAGUUUGGACAAUGUACCUAAACUACAGAACACAGAAGACGUUUAUUUAAACUUUUUUUAUAUAUAUUUUUUUUUUAUCAGUUGUUAACACAAAGACAAUGAAUAAUACACAAUCGGCAAUGUGUGUAUUUUUAAAGAUUUAUUUAAUUGAUAAUGAGUUCAGUGAAUAAAGAUAUAUGUAAACAACAGCGAUUCUCUAUGGUCUUU